AUGGCAGCGGACCCCUCCCCCGCAGAGGCGCUGCCGGCGGAGAGCAGCCAGGCGCCAAAGCAUCGUCGACUCGUCCGGAUCAUUGAUGACGACGACGAGGAGGAGGAGGCCCCGCCUUCUCUGGUCCGGAGACCGCGCAGUCGACCGGACACAGCUCCGGCCACCACUGAUCAGGUGGCCAGCGACCCUCCUGCACCGCGCGUCGCAGAGACGGGAGUGCAGGCGCCAACCGGUAGGACCAGGAGGAGGUUCACCGCAACACACCGGCGAUCUGACCUCGCGGCGUCGGACGUCAACCCCGACCAGGUCGCUGAACAGAGGACAGCCGAGCCUGUCGCCGCCGUUGGAGACACCGCGCCGCAAGCCACGGAGCAGCCUGCGGCGGCGACCGCUACUACGAGCGCCGGGGAACAACCGGCCCCGGCCGCACUAACAGCAGCUCCAUCUCCUUAUAAUACUCAUCAACCGAUCUUUUCCUUGCUUCAACAUUUGCAACCUAUUGUCAAGGUCACGCUGAUAGCUUGA